AUGUAUGAUUUCCUUUCACAGGCAGCUCUGUCUCACAGAAAAGAGUCAGCUGCACCGCUGACGGUAGACAGAGAUGGCACGAUCUUCCAUCACGUUCUCUCCUACCCACUCGCCUUGGUCCUUCGGCUCCGAGUACUACAGAUCGUAUGCGGCAUAUCCACGAUGGUUAUGGGAAGCGUGGCGUUUAUAGAAGAGAGGCAGAAGUUCAACAUGGGACUUGGUAUUCCUGCUGGCAGCCUCAGCGUCCUAGCUGCUGCUGUUUCAAUACACACAUCCCGUGGCUGGGGAGUGACAAGCGGAACGGGUGCGGGGACAGCGGUUGCACUUAUAUGGGUAGCCUCUGGUUGCCUUCUAAUAACAUUGAUAAUACAAUGCUGUCGAACGAUACUGAAUCCACCAGGAUUUGAUCAAGGAGAUGGUCCAGAAGAAGACGCAAAGCCAUCGUCACGAGAUUUGGUAGUAAUCGCCUGUGUGCAAAUAGCACUAGCGGUGGCUACACUUUUAAGCGCAGUUGUUUGCGCGCGAAUCGACUAUAGCGCAUGA